AUGUUUGGUGCACCAAAAGACAUUGAAUUACCACAACCUCCAACAGAUGGAGUUUCAUGUCUCAAGUUUGCUCCAAAGGGAAGCUUUAUAGCUGCAGGUUCUUGGGAUAAGAAUGUUAGAUGUUGGGAAGUUCUCCCAAAGCAAUCCUCUGCAGUAGGAAAGGCUAUGAUCAAUAAUGAAGCUCAUGUACUUUGUACUGAUUGGAGUAGCGAUUGCACUAAAAUAUAUGUUGGAGGAACAGAUUCAAAGGUUAAAUGUUGGAAUUUAGCUACCAAUCAACUCACUCAAGUAGCACAGCAUGGAGCACCUGUAAAAGAAGUAUUUUGGAUCGAAGAAUCACAAGUAAUGGUCACAGGUAGUUGGGACAAAACACUAAAAUAUUGGGAUAUGAGAAUGCAAACUCCUAUACUCACUGUGGAUUUGCCCGAGCGUGUAUAUGCUUUGGAUGUUUUACAUCCUCUUUUGGUUGUAGCUACAGCUGAUAGAAAGGUUAUAAUUUAUGAUUUAAAUAAGCCAGGUACAGAGUUUAAGAGAAUGGAAUCACCACUUAAACAUCAAACAAGAUCGAUUGCAUGUUUUUCAGAUAGAAAUGGUUUUGCAUUGGGAUCAAUUGAAGGAAGAGUAGCAAUUCAAUCAUUUAGCGAAAAAACAGAAGAGACAUUUACAUUCAAGUGUCAUCGUGAAAAUGAUAUAUUGGCAUAUCCAGUAAAUAGUAUUUCAUUUGCUCAUCCAUUUGGCACAUUUGCAACGGCUGGAUCUGAUGGAACCUUUAACUUUUGGGACAAGGAAACGAAAAAUAGAUUGAAACAAUUCCCCAAGUGCCCAACAUCCAUUUCCUGUGCCACUUUUAGUCCAGAUGCUACAAUGUACGCAUAUGCAGUUUCAUAUGAUUGGUGCAAAGGUGCUGAUCAUGUUCCCAAUCUUCCAAAUAAUAUUCAUUGUCAUGUAGUUCCUGAAUCUGAAAUUAAAGGAAAAGGAAAAAGAAGAUAA